AUGCCCGACCUUCAUUCUCUUCCUGCUGGCACACGGCCAGAAAAUGCCAUCCGCAACAACGGGCCACCCCAGCUGGCCCUGGAGCGCUAUAUGCUCCGCGAGCUGGCAGAGGGAUGGCCAUGCUAUCGCGACGCCUGCGAAUGGGAAAACCUACGCUCCAUCUUCCACCCCGAGGCACACAUCUACACAACGUGGACCGGGUUAACCCACCAUCUAAAGUUCAUCGAAGCCUCCCAAGCCGGAAUGGACAAGAGAGCCUUCAUCAUGCACCGAAUCCAUGGAAGCACAACCGAUAUCGACCCGAAUGCCACCCGUGCCGUAACAAAGAUGAAGGCAACCAUCACGCAGCGGUUUAGCGGUCGACUGUCGGUUUAUUUUUUCUGGGAAAAGAUGGCGGAUCCUGCCUAUCCUGAUCUGCAGGGACAGUGGCGGGCUCGGUUUGUCCGGCACUGGUAUGAGAAGGAUAAGUUGAUUCCUGUUAAUCCGGGACGUGUCCCGGUUCUGGACGAGGAGAGGCUGCAGAAGUACCCUCCUGGGUAUAGGUAUUUGGCUUAUAUGCAGGAGGAAACAAUGGGGGUGAAGGUACUCUUGGAUUUGCCUGGUCACCGCAGGGAAGGGUCGACUAUUAACGGGCAAAAGCAUGACUUGCUGUACUUCCAGGCCCGGGAUUGGAUGGAGGGAAAGGAGGUCGACUGGUAA